AAACAUGGGGAGUCCUAACUUUUUCCAGCGAGGGUCAUUGGAAAAAUGAAAGGACACAACCUUGCCACUUGGAUAUUACAAAAUGAUAACAUUUUUUCUAAUAAGAAUGAAGCUUUUUUCUCUGAAUAUUGGGGCUUUUUCUUCUAACAUUACAGCCAUUUUUCUUAGUCAAAGUAUUUCUAUUUGAAAUGAUUGCAAGGAUAUUUAAAGUCAGUUUUUGAAGCUGCCGUGCUUUCUAGUUUCGUCCAUCGUGUAGCUGUAGAUAUAGAUAUAGAACACUCAACCUAGUUGAAGUCCAAUUAAAAAGAAAAAGGAAUGACUGAAUUGAAAAUGGGAUAAUUUAUGAAAUUCCAAAAUUUAAUGUAUAUAUUUCAAACAAUUGCGCUGUGCACCAGACUGGCCGUGAUGGUCAGCAGCCAGUUCAAGUGCACUGAAAAAAAUGAUUUUUUUGGCCCUGUAAUUAUUACCUCAAAUAUUAAUUUAAAUUUUACAUUGAAUAAUUUUAUUAUUUAACUUCUUUUACUCUAAAAUCUCACUCUUUAUUUAAUGCCUUACUUGAUGAUUGUGUUUAACUUUGUAUCCUCACAUUUAUAUGUAAAUUUGAUCACUGACACCAAGUAAUAUUUACAUAACUAAUGUAUUGAUUUUACAACCUGAUACCAGAUACUAAAAUGUACUUGGGGAAAAAAACAGUAAACCUGGCCCCCUUGUGGACAUUCUGCGCAUGCGUCAGAGGAUUGUUAGCCCUCAGACUUCCCAAGGCAAAGUUGGAGGGCGCCAUGUUUUUUUCACGGGAAGACGGUUGAAGGCGACAUGGACAGUCGUUUAACAAGGAAAUUCAUCGAUGUGGAGCCAUAUGGGUAUGUCAUAUGCUUAUCUGGCUUUUUUCUGUCACCUUUCCUCAUCUCUUUACGUCAGUGUUAUAAUGUGAAAUACUGACGUUAGCAUUAGCUAACCUUUAGCCUGCCAGCUAGCUAGCUAGCUAUCAACUGCGAGCUCUGUGGAGGUGUUUUCGGUUGCAGAACAGGAGAUAUGUGUAUUAAAUCUGUAAUAAUUCAUUCCUUAUAUAUGUUAUUUGAUUAUUUUGGCAGCAGCAAUGUCCUCAAAGGCAUAUGGGAACCGCGUGUAGCUUAAACAUUUGUUGAAGUAUGCUAGCGACCUGAGUCUUGGGGAUGCUGUCGGGGAGCGGGAGUUUUUGUACAGCAGCGGAGUUUGUUCAGACCCUGAAAAUAUAUCAAUAAUGACUGAAACCAGCCUGGAAGGAUUAGACAUUUUGGAGCAAGGUUAGUUUUUAAUGUCACACUUGUUAUUGUCAUGAUUUGUCACUACAAUGUUGUUUAUUCCACUUGUCAACAGCGUCUAAAAAGCAGAGUCCUCUAAAACAGCCGCUUGCACCAACUAAGACGCCUGACUGAGAAGGUAACAUUACAAUAAUAUGUAUAUGGUUAUUUUAAUCUGUAAAUGGCACUUUAGCCUUUUGUUAAGUUUUAUUGAUUUAAAAGAGUUGUAUAAUGGAGUUCCUCAACAGUAUCCCGUUGUGAGGAAAAAGAUCAGGUUCGUUUAGGUUAGGUUUCAAGACACAGAUGAAUAAAUAUUUGUAUUAAAAACCAAGUUGAUUUUGAGUGUUUUGUUUGAAAAAAAUCAACAAAUAUUGUCAAGCAGCUUUGUAGUUUAGACUAAUGUGCACGCAAUCUGAAACCAUUGUGAUGAUUUUAAAUUUUGUAUUGUAUAUUUUGUAUAUUUUUAACAGUCAUUUCCGUGAUGUUUACUUUAAAAUGUUAGCAAAAAUACAUUUUUAUUGUGGUAAGAAACGCUUGAGAGCCAGAUACAGUCAUCAAAAGAGCCCUACCUGGCUCCCGAGCCAUAGGUUCCCUACCUCUGCUCUAAGAGCUUAACAAGCUCAAGGGGGUGUGGAAGGUGGAGCAUAUGGAUCAAACUAAAGAAAAUACGGGACAUAGUCAUAAUAUUUCCAAAAGUACAAUUUUGAAGAUUAUUUCAGAAGAAAGUUGAAAUAUUUGGAAAAUGUAAGCCAAAAAAAAAAAAACGCAAAAUGUGUAAAAACAAAUAAAAAAUAAAAAGUUGCUAUGAAUCAGAGUAUGUGAAUAAAGCUGAGAUGCUGGACAUCCCGUACGUGUAAGCUGGCAGCGUAAGAUCACAGUUGCAUGGCGGGACCAUGAGGCAAACAUGCACGUGAGACGCAUCAAUACAGCCGAGUCGACACCCUGAAAGUCGCUUUUCUUGCCAAAUGCUUUGUCCUUGAAAACAAGGGAAUAUAAGGGAAGUGAUAUAUAAUUGGAAUUGUAUCCAGCUCAUCCAUCAUGUCAGCUACACCAUCUAUGUACACUAGCUCUAUGUACACGAGAUCUAUAUACACUAGCGCUGUGUACACUAGCUCCUUGUACUCCUUGUAGCUCUGUGUGCAUUUUUUUUGUAGACUUUUUCUUUGUACAGUCAUCAUCUGCAAAUUGUUUAUAUGAAAUUAUUUUUUACCAUCAUGAAUCGUUAUUUGUAAAGUUGAAAUAAUAGUUAAUAUGAAUGAUAUAGACUUGGAUUAAGCAUGAUUAUUUGUGUAAUUGUAUUGAUAGAACACUUGCAGCAUUUGGAUGAUUAUUUGGGACAAGAAUUCUUAUGGUAAUGUUAAUGGUUUUAUUUCACUUGAACAUGCAUCAGAUUACAAUUGAUACAAUUGCAUCCCAUAAUCAGUUCACAGUUCCACAUGACCAAAAGGAAUAGGAAGAAGCAAAGCUAAUUAAAUCCUACCCCUCCAUCUGGUACUUUUACAAUCAGUAACUGUUACAUUUGUUCACUUCCUGCCUUUCUGAUUUAUUUUAUUUUAGUUUUAUUUUAUUUUAGUUUUAUUUUAGUUUAUUUUUUGUCACAUACAGAAGUACAAGGGGAUAUGACUGUACAAUGACAUAAUGUGUACAAUAGUAAGUGUCAAUAUAGUGAUAUAUAUAGCACAUCAUGACUGGUUCAAGACUCUUCAUCCUUGUAUUUAGCAAACAUCAACUGCUUGUAUUGUUUCUUUAAUUGACUCAUCGUUGUGCAUUGUUUGAGUUCCUUACUCAUUCCAUUCCAUAGUUUGAUUCCACAUACUGAAAUGCAUUGUUUGAGGGUCUUACUAUAUGAAUGUAUGUAUAUGGUAGUAUUAGUGAUGGGAAUAAUGGAGUAGAACUGGCUAAUAAGAACAUAUGUCAUCAUCGCUCUUUUUGUGCAUUUGAAUUAGAAUUUGAUGGGGAAAAAAAUACCCUUCAUGAAAAUGUGGAGAGUAUAUCGCUCACAAGCACUUGCUGAUGUGAAAGUCUACACAUAUAUAACAGCAUUUCAAUAUGUUAGCCAAAGUCCCCUUAAAUGAGACUCUAAGAGCUUAACAAGCUCAAGGGGGUGUGGAAGGUGGAGCAUAUGGAUCAAAGUUCCAGUUCAAGUCUGCGCAGAUGACAUCCGGAGCUCCUGCUGUCCAAACAAUGUCUCCUUGGGAAGACUUUCUGGCCUCGCUCUUGUCCAGUUCCAGCAGCGUACUGGGCGGUGUGACCGUGCUGCUCCUCUUGGCUUUUGCAUCCAGGCGCUUCGCUUUGCGGGAACCUAGGAAGGGGCCUCCGGGGCCCAGACCUUUGCCCUUGCUUGGCAACCUGCUGCAGCUCGAUCUCAAGAGGCUCCACCUGAGCCUUUGUGAGCUUGCAGAAGAAUACGGCUCCGUGUUCACAAUCUACUUGGGCGGCGUUAAAAUCGUGAUCCUGGCUGGAUACAAGACGGUCAAAGAGGCUCUGGUCACCCACGCUGACGCGUUUGGGGAGCGCCACAUCGUGCCCAUAUUUGAGGAGCUGAGUCGAGGUCACGGAAUUGUUUUUGCAAACGGAGACUCGUGGAAAGAACUGAGACGUUUUGCCAUCAGCACUCUGAGAGACUUCGGAAUGGGUAAAAGACUCGCUGAAGAGAAAAUCAUGGAGGUGUGCAGCCACCUCAUUCCCAUUUUUGAGAAGCAUAAAGGGCAGCCGUUUGAUACAACACAACCAUUGGGUAACGCCACGUCCAAUGUCAUCUGUUCCAUCGUGUUUGGGAGCCAAUUUCAAUACGACGACGCUCAGUUCACCACCUUGGUGGAACGAGUCAAAGACAACAUACUUUUGACUGGAUCCAAACAAAUUCAGCUUUACAACAACAUUCCAUGGCUGUUUAGCUGGUUUCGGGACCGGCAGAUAGUUCUAAAGAACUUCCAGAAAAACAUCCAGGACAUAAAGGACCUGCUGGCCAAAGUGAAGGAGAACCUGAACCCUGAAGAUUGCAGGGGCCUGGCGGACUGCUUCUUCAUGCGCAUGCAAAAAGAGGAUCUAUCUGAUGAGCAGAACCACUUCAGUGAGGACAACAUGGUUCAGGUCGUGCUCAACCUCUUUGCUGCAGGCACGGACACCACUUCCACCACACUAAGAUGGGCCUUGCUAUUGAUGCUUAAAUAUCCCCUAAUACAAGAUCGGGUCCAGGAGGAGCUGAGCAGGGUGAUCGGAAGCCGCCAAGUUUGCGCUGAUGAUCGCAAGAACCUUCCCUACACCAACGCCGUCAUCCAUGAGAUUCAGAGGUUCAGCAACAUCACAACCACAACCAUUCACCACCGAACCAGCCAGGACAUCACCUUCCAGGGCCACUUCAUCGAAAAGGGCACCGUUGUUUUGCCUCUCCUUUUUUCUGUCCACUGCGAUAAGAGUGAGUGGGAGACACCAAGAGCCUUCAACCCUUCCCACUUCCUGGAUGAGGAGGGUAAAUUCAUCAAGCGGGAUGCCUUCAUGCCCUUCUCUGCAGGCCGCAGGGCUUGUCUCGGCGAAGGUCUGGCCCGGGUGGAGCUCUUCCUCUUCUUCACCACCCUCCUUCAGCGUUUUCGCUUCACGCCUCCCCCAGGGAUGUCGGAGGAUGAGCUGGAUUUGACGCCAGUGGUGGGCUUCACGCUCAGUCCGCCGCAUCACCUGCUGUGUGCCGUCAGUCGGUGCUGAUGAGCAUCAGCGUGAUGGCGUCUUUUUUGCAUUCCCAUGAUUUGCAAGCUCACGGAUGACACACUUUGUUGUCUAAAUGAUCCAUGUCAUGAAGUUUUUUGUCUUUUGUUUUUUUGUCUCCAUCAAUUCAUCCAUCCAUUUUUUGCACCACUUAGCAUUUGAAAAUAGAUGACACAUUUUUAUCUUUUUCAGUAAUGAUAAUGUUGAUGCUAUUUUUCACAUCUCUACUUUUUACUAGAAUGUAAUUUCAUUUGCUUAAAUAAA